AUGAUUGAAAUAAGUGCCCGAUUAAUAAAGGGUUCUGUUUUUUUGGCUGGUGAAGUUGUGGAAUGUUAUAUAACUUUUUCAAAUCCACCUUAUCCAAAUCAUAAAAAAUUUCAUGGUAGCAGUGAUGUUAUAGAAAAUUUAGCUUUAGCCUCAGCUCAAAUUCAUUGUCAAUGUACAACUAAUAGCAAAUUGAUUCAAAAUCAACAAAAUUCAGACAAUGAUUCUCUCACAUUGAACACUCAAACAGAUACUUCAUUUGCACCAUGUAAAACCGAUAGUGGUUAUGUUGUUUUAUCGACAAAACCAAAAAUUCUUUUUUGUGAUCUGAGAUUAGCCACAGGAGAAAGCAAAUCAUGGAAGUCAUACCGAGUGAAGCACCGCCAUCAUACAGAGGUCAAGCUAUUAAAUAUUCAUAUAAAAUACCAUAGAACACAACGAAUAAAUUCUCCAAUCAAAUUGUUGAGAAUACCAUUUAGAGUUUUAUCUAUCAGCGGUAUUUCAGAUUCAAGUGGAUGCAAUGACAGUGAAGAUUUAAUGCCUACAAAUCCAUUUUUGGAAAAAGAAAAAAAAGACUCGCCAUUAGAAAUAACUUUACAAAUUUUACAAAACAUAACAGCGAGAAGAAAUCCUAAUUUUUAUAAUAUAACUAAUAUCCAUGGAAAAGUUGCAAGAUUUUGUUUAUUUAAGCAAGCUUAUAAAUUAGGUGAAGAUAUCGUUGGAACUUUUGAUUUUACAGAUACAACUGUUCAAUGCGUUCAGUAUUCUGUCACUCUUCAAAGCGAAGAAGAAGUGCAAGCAGAUAAUAAACGAACAGUAAAACAGGGUCCUUCAAUUGUUUCGUAUAACAAACAACAUGAAAUAUGUUUAAGUUGGAAAUAUUUACAAUUAAUAUUACCCAUUCCAUUUCACAUUACUCCAGGUUUCAACACUAAUUUAGUCAGUCUUCAAUGGCGAUUACAUUUUGAAUUCGUCACUAGUUUAACACCCAUUUCAAACGAUGAUAUUGAAAUGAAUGAAAAAGAUGAUAAAACAUGGCAAGGACCAUCUUCUCUUAAUAUAGAAACAAUGAUUUGGAAUUUACCAAUCAAAAUUCUUCCAACUGCUCCCCAACUUGUCACUCAGGGAAUUCCAGGAACUGCAAAAAACACAAUCAUCAUUUAA